AUGAAGCCGUUUCUUGUGGGCCUUUUGAAGUGCAAGAGGUGCUCGUUUAUGACAAGAUUGGUUCUACAAUGCGAAGAGGUGGAAAGCUGCAAUGCAGACGAUGUCCAGAUAUUUAACAAGCAUGUGUUCACUGAGAAUGGUGGGGAGAGGUUGAAGCUUCUUGCAAGGAGCCUUGAAGGUUUUUAUAGCAACCCUGUCUCUGAACAGGAAAUCGAUUCUUUUGUUGAAAAUCCUGACCAUGAUGAAAGAAUAAAGGAGCUUUUGUUUGGUGUGGAUGUUGUGGAGGGAAGUCUAAGAUGUGAUACAUGUGGCCUUAUAUACCCGAUCAGGUGCUCGAUUGUGGAGACGGUUGAUACCAUUGAGUCCAAAUAA